CGAAGCUUCUGGACUGGAAGAAAGUCAGAGAACAGUAUGUAUACAUUGAGUCAGAACCGUGAUUUAUGCCAAUGGGGUGUGAUAAGCGCGAUAUUUAUUGUUCUUGCAGUUAGAUGACCGGCUUCAGAAGUAAGCCAAAUAUCGGUCACUCACCAAAUUUCCUACCUAAAAACCCUAUGGCCAUUAAUUUCUCAGAUCUGAAAACCCUUGCGACUCAAACUUCUGCCGAAAGCUUACUAACCUUUAGACAACACUUGCAGAAGAGUGCACAAUUCCGCACCAACGCCAACCUCGUGCUCACAAAGGCGCAGUUCGAAACCAAACAGGCGUACUUGAUCCAGACGUUCAGGUCGAUGCAAUACUUAGCGGAGCCGAUUGUUGAAGAUGCCUCGCCGGCUAACCCGUUGGCGGACCCAAACAUGUCGGACGCGAUGUAUGGGAUGAUUAAAAACAACAUGGCGAACUAUGUCCCGCAGACGUUGAUCAUGUGGUGGGUUAACUUUUUCUUUGCGGGCUUUGUCAUCAUGAAGUUACCGUUUCCGUUGACGUUGCGUUUCAAGUCGAUGCUUCAGAACGGUGUCAUGACUCCGGAUUUAGACGUCAGAUGGGUCUCAUCUAUCAGUUGGUACUUUGUCAACUUACUCGGCUUGAGACCAAUCUACAAUUUGAUCUUGGGCGACAACACCAUCACCCAGCAGAUGAUGCAGACCAAUCAGCCGACCUUGAACACCAUGCCGGGUGGCCCUACUCCAGAAAAGCUCUUCGAGGCUGAGUUGGAAAAUAUCCAAAUCUUGUCUUACAACGGUGCGGCUGUGUUUGAUAAUAUCGAGGACAGAGUUUUGGCGUUUUACCAUGGAAGAGCCUAACUAAAGGGGAGUUGAUGGUGAAAGAAUGGGAGGUUCCGAAACUAUAUUUCUUGUUUUGCAGGAUUGCGUAGAGCAGUUCAGCCUGAGCGAAAAUGUACAUUAUAACAUGUCAUACAAGAGAACGGGCAAUCUCAUGUAAUGACAGUCGUUGCACCGAUCACAGCUUUUCAUCAAACUGAGCGUAGCUAUCCACAGAACGAGCUCUGGAUAUCUAACCAGGUACCAUCGUAUUCAUUGAGAGGUUGAUGGAGAGACUUCAACCUUUGAUACAAAGAAUGAAAAAAUGCUGAUUGCCGGACAAAUGUCACCAAAUCUUUAAAUUAUACUUUCCCCAUAAAAAAAAAACAAAAAAAAAA